UAUUAGUUGAAAUAUUCUUGUUUGGGUAGAAACAAAAAUUCAGUUUUGUUGAGCAUACAACAAGUUCCCGAGGUACGUGGCAAUCUACGAUAUAUGCCAAUUCAUAAUACGCGAAUGUUUCAUAAACAACUGCCUAAGCUUUUUGUUCCGUAAAAUUAUGUAUUUUAAGUUUAUAAUUUUUUAACUUUGAGUGCAUUUAUAUUUAAAUUUUUGGCAAUACGUAAUCUAUCGAUUUUAAAACAUGAGCGGAACGCGUAUUUUGAUUAUGGCGUAUAUUGGAUAAUGCCUGUACGAAAUUUGGCUGUUGGGUUGGGGUUUGAUAGCGUAUACUGGGAACUAUGAUGUUGCACUAUAUUCAUAGAAAGAGCGGAGUGGUAUUCAAUGCAGUUGCAGUGUUUAUAAAAUAAAAAAAAACUGUUGAAAUUGUUAAAACCAUCGAAUAUGGAUAUCGAUUUUGAGGAAAUAGCUCCUGCACUUGCUGAGCAAGUAGCAACAUUGAUGAUGCAUUUAAUAGAAGACGAGGAGGAGGAAGAGGAAGAAUCCCGUCCAGCAAAGGUCCGUCGAUGCUGGACAACGGACCUCUUUUUGGAAAGGGAAGAUGUGUGGGGGCGUCUUCUUGAGGCAAUUGAUGGUGAAGGACCCAAUUAUCGUAUACAUGACUUUCUGCGUCUGGAUCGGGAGGAGUUCCUCCACAUUUUAUCGUUGAUAGCCCCAAAAAUUUGCCGGGAGAAUACGAAUAUGCGGAAAGCCAUAACACCGAAACAACGGCUUGCCAUCGCGCUACGCUACUUGGCUACAGGGGACUCAUAUGAAUCCCUAGCCUAUUUGUUCAGGGUUUCUAGCCGAUCUGUAUCCCAUAUCGUCCAGAAAGUGUGUUCUUGUCUAAUACAGGACCUUAAGGAGUAUGUCAAGCUGCCGUCCAGUGCUACAGAAUGGCUUAAAACAUCGAGCGCAUUUGAGGAAAAGUGGAAUUUCCCUCAUGCUAUUGCUUCAAUUGAUGGAAAACACGUAUCCAUCAAAGCACCAUCAAAUUCUGGGAGCCAGUUUUUUAAUUAUAAAAAAACAUUCAGCAUAGUCCUUCUGGCUAUGGUAGACGCCAACUAUAACUUCCUUUUUGUUGACGUCGGUUGUCAGGGACGUAUAUCUGAUGGUGGCGUUUUGGCAAACAGCCUGAUCUAUCACAAACUGGAACGGAACGAGUUGAAUAUACCCCCUCCAGAAAUUCUCCAAGUUCCGUAUCAGAUAAAGGUUCCAUACUACCUUUUGGGUGAUCAGGCGUUUGCCAUGAAAGAAUACUGCCUCCGUCCAUUUGGAGGAAUGCAUGCGGCAGAUUCCGUGGAGCGUCAUUUUAACUACAGGCAUUCUCGGGCGCGUCGAACCGUGGAAAAUGCGUUUGGCAUACUAUCACAGGUGUUCCGAGUGUUCCUGAAACCGAUAGAGUUGGAACCGCCCGUAGCAGAAAAGGUCGUCUUAGCAGCUGUUUACCUGCACAACUUUAGACGACGACAAACGCUAUACAAUUUUUCCGAUGCACUUCUGCCACCCAGUACAAGUCAGCCUUCCUCAUCGAUGAUAAUAGAAGAACUGGAUGAUGUAGCAACACCAGCUUCAAUGCUUCCGAUCCCUGCUAUACCCAUUAGGCCAACCAGAGCAUUGCAAAACAUGCGAACACAUGUAGCCCAUCAUCUUAAGUGGAAUGACCCACUUUCUUAUCCUCUACCACAACCCCGAAGAGCUGCACAAUAAUAGUAACAUGAUCACCAGCAUUAUCAUCAGGUCAGGAUGGGAUUUGAUCCCCGGUCCUGCCGUAAAAACCGUUGCUGGUAUCCAUGUUGGCAAUCGAACCGCCCCGUAUAUAAAUAUGUGUGGCAGCGCUAGGAAGUAUCGACAAUCACUUAUAUAGAUUACUUACGGAAUUCAAAGUUGGCCGCGGUACCGUCGUGUCCUGCAGGAACGCCAUAUGCUCAUAAGCAUACCAACUGUGUUCUACAAUGUCAUCCGUCCCUGCAAUCACGUUAUACUUUGUUAGAUACAAAUAAAUAAAUAAAAAUCCAAAUUAUUUACCUGCUCCAGUCACCAUACUACGCGAAAUGUCCUUGCGAAUCCGUCUAUAGGUGUUUGAGAGGUUUUUCCACUUUGCGUGGACAACCUCGUGCGAACGCCCCAUAACGUUCGCAAUUUCCUUCCAUGCCUGGUGGCGGAUCUCGGCAUUUUUGUACAUGCGAUCCGUGUCCUUCCACAGGCAUGUGUAUGAUUUUACCAACUCUAUUAGUUGGAGAACUUCCUCCACCUCUUGAAUUGGCUGGAAUAAGAAAUAGGAAACAAAUUGUUAGUUAUAUAGCUACAGAUUAAGUCCCUUGAAGGCCCUAUAUACAAUAUAAGUGUGGUAUCUG